AUGAAAAGCACCCGUCGUUUCCUCUCCAAAAUCCGCUCCCGCGCUUCGCAGUUUUUCCACCGCUCCAGCCUUCAAGAUGACCCCCUGGCCCCAAUCGAGCGCCUUCCGCCUGAACUGCGUCUUGAAAUCCUCAUUUCCCUCGAUUAUUCGUCUUUCCGUGCCCUGAUACACGCCUCUCCAACGUAUUUUCAGCAGUAUAUUUACGACAGCUCCCACAUACUCUGCCAAUGUCUCGCGCGCCAGCUUGGCCCCGCCAAUCUAGAUGCUUUUGCGGCCUACCGGUCGGGUAAGCCCGACUUCCUAGAAAAACGUGACCGAGAAGAGGUGCGCGGGUUUAUUGGGGAGUACAGCAAACUACGUUCUGACCCAAACGAUUUUGACAUCGCGAAAUGGGUUAAUGCCAGAGAGGCGAGGGAUAUGCUGCUGUUUCAUGAGAGAGUGGUCCGGCCGUUGGUUGAGAGGUAUGCCGACUGGGCGUUGGCGAACCUUGCCGCCGAAGUUAGAGUGGAGAACAGUGUGCAGGGCCCGCAACAGAAGAGGCGGCGACCUCUCAGCGCAGCAGAACAGAUGCGCAUAACGCGCGCGUUGUAUCGCGCGCAACUCUAUAGCAAUUUGUUUGGGCAUGGUGCAGCGUGGACGCGACUACAAUACGGGCCGCAGCUGCACGUUUUGUACAGCAGUGUGGAGGUGGUGAUGGAAUGUUUUGCGCAAUUUGAACCAUGGGAGGUGGAAGAGCUCGUGUGUGUGUUUGAGUUUGGCAAAGAGAAGUAUGCACACGUGUUCGAAGAGAUCAAAAAUGUUAUUGAACCAAACGAUGAGGACGGAGUACCCGCUAUCCCACUAGAAGACGGCUGGGAAAGACAAGACCUUCUCGGCGGAACUGUCUUCUCUGGUCUUCAACCCCUCCUCGCCAUCCUCUCCCAAGAAUCCCCUACCCCCGAAUCCCUCAUCCCCAUUGUAAAACCCAACCUCCGUCUCGGAGGUUACCUUUUCGAAUCAGCUCUCCUCCGCCAAUCCCAAACCAACCGCCGCACCUCCCGCCUUCCAUCCCCUCUCCUCUCGCAUGCUUCAGCCCGCGACCUCAAGCAAAAAAACCGGGAAGCACAUCCAUUCAAAGGAGACACUGUAGGAGGACUGUACCCUUCGCAGGCAGCGGCACAUCCGCCGUUCGCGUGGACAGUUAUGUGGAAGGGGACGUGGUGCAAUUUGUGGGGGAAGUAUAUCAAUGGUGACUUGAGGAAGUGGGGGUAUGUGAUGUGGGAUCGGACGAGGAUGGAAGAAGAAGGCGGGAUGGAUGUUUUGAGUAGACAGUGGGAUGAUGGGAGGGAUGUGAGGGAGGAAAUUGAAGGGUUGUAG